AUGAGCGCCCGCAACAUCGGGGGCUGCAGGGCUGAUGUCGCUGAGAGCCGGCGCGCGGUCACCGCCGAGCCGGCCGUGGGGGCGUGUGCACCAGCCGAGCCCCCGCGCAGGGGCAGCCCUCUGAAAAGCGCCUGCUUCCUGCCGGGGAAGGCGCGUUCGCUAGCCCGGGGGCCUGUGCUGGAGGGGCGGCUCUGGCAAAUCUCCCUGCAGGGACAGAGGCACCGGCAAGCGUCCUUUAUCUACUCUGCUCUCUCCUCGCUGGCGGGUACUGGUGGGCACCAGUGCUGUCCCUGCCCGUCAGCCUGCAUAAGCCGGGCACCCUCGCCAGCGUCCUCCCGAGGUCCAAACGCGCGCAGCCUGUUGGCCUCGGCCGGCUCCUCAGGAACAGCGCCCUGA